AUGUCCAAACCCGACACCCACCGCGCCGACGAGCGGCGCUUCCUCGACGAGCGCGGCUCGUCCGGCCCGCUCGCCCCCAACGGCCUCAACCCCGCCACAAUUAUGGAAAAGGCGGUCCGCGAGCGAAUAGUCGAGUCUUACUUCUGGAAAGAGCAAUGUUUUGGCGUCAACGAGGCAGACAUCGUCGACCGGGUCGUCGAGCAUGUCCGCUUUGUUGGGGGCGUGACGGGUGUCACGCAGAAACCCAGUCCAUUUUUGUGCCUAGCGUUUAAGUUAUUACAACUCGCGCCUGGGGAUGAUAUUCUAAAAGAGUAUUUGUACUUCGGCGGGGAGAAGUUCAAGUACCUCCGCGCGCUGGCAGCGUUUUACAUCCGGCUAACGAGACCAGAUAAGGAGGUGUACACGUUGCUGGAGCCGUUUUUGGAGGAUCGGAGGAAGUUGCGGAGAAAAGGGAAGAAUGGGACGAGCUUGACGUAUAUGGAUGAGUUCAUUGAUGAUCUGUUGACGAAGGAUCGAGUUUGUUCGACGAGUUUGUGGAAGAUGAGGAGGAGGGAUAUACUGGAGGAUCUGGACCUUUUAGAGCCGAGGGUUAGUCCGUUGGGGAGUUUGGAGGAUAUUCUCGAGGAGGAGGAACAAGCAGCGAAGAAUGAGGAUGGGGAGAGGCGUGAAACCGGACAGGAGUCCUUGAGCAAUUUGGCUACUCGGCAUAAGCCACCACGACAAGUGGCCGAGCGCAGCGCCAUGCCAAGUAGCAGGCCAGACACCAUGUCUUAA